UCUGUCUCCGGAGAGAGAGGAGAAAGGACUGCAUGGAGGAAUAUACUCAUUUUAUUCUGCACAAAAACUGACCCGGAUAACAUCUCCUGCGCCCGCGAGGAAACAAUGAAGUGUCCUUAGCGGGUUUUAGUGUGUUUUUGUGUCGGUGAGCAGUGGGGGAGAAGAGGGGGGAGCUCUGAAGUGCAGGCGCUCCUCCGAGUUUUGUUUCCAGUUGCUCCGAGAGAAAGACGGGUUCAGCGGAGAGGAAGACCGGAGAGGAAAUCUGUGCAAAAUGCAGGGGGGCUCAGCCACUGACCUCCCUGCCUCCGCUCUGCAGUACCAGUGUCGGCCGGUGGACUACCUGUGUUCCCCGCAGCUGGUGAAGAAAGGUCCGACGCCCAGACCAUGUCACGACAGGCCCGCCGUCAAGCCGCGGCCCCCGUCCUCCACGUCGCCCAGACCUCCAACCGCACAGAAACCUCAAGUGCCCCCUAAACCUGCGCACCUGCUGGCCCUCGGACAAGACAAGAAACCGAAGAGGAUCCCCCCCGCGCCCUCGAGGCCCCUGCCGGCACCGCCUCCGCCACCGAAGCCAAAGCCGACUCUCCCCCCUCCUGUCCAGGGAGCGCAGCAGCAGAAGGAGGCCCAGAAGGUCGGCCUUCUGAUUGAAAGGUUUGAAAAUUCAAGGGUUCCCAUACUGGGGGUGCUCCCGCGGUCACAGCUCCACCUGUGCCUGAGAAUGGAAACUGCGUCUGACAUCUCCUCCUGCAGCCAGGAAACCGCAGAGACGGCCGCCGGAGACCCUUCGCCCGCGGACAAACUUGCACUGGGCAUCUCUGAACAGAACGGCGAGGUGUCUGAACUCUCCUGCCUGGCUUCGAUGCACAUCGACGGCUCGGACGACACCGCCCUGGACGACUGCGCCGAGGACGACAUCCCGCACGGAGUGGGCUGCCUGCACGAGGCGGAGACGGACGACGGCUCGUCCCACAAACUCCUGGACAAUCCGGACUCCUCGGAGCAGAACGGGAAGAUUCCCAACCGGGACAGCGGCAUCGACAGCCCGUCGUGCACGGCGGACGGGGAGGUGUUCCCCAACGAGGACGCCAUCGACGAGGAGGAUCAUUACGACAGCGUCACCGAGACGGAGAGCGUGUCCUGCUGCGUCACUCUGGGCAACAAGCGAGACUCCACGCAGGAUGAGGACAGUGACUUGGACGAGGGCAGCAGUGGGGAGAUUCAGUCUCUCACAGAUUCACAGACUGGCUUUGUGACUGAAACACACUCAGAGGUGCACAAAUGCUCAGAGGCUCAGAAGCUGCUGAAUAUUGCCAAAGAGCUCCUCCACACUGAAGAGGCCUACGUAAAAAGACUUAACCUCCUCGACCAGGUAUUUUGCACUAAGCUCACCGAGGCGGGAAUCCCUCAGGACGUCAUUACAGGGAUCUUCUCCAACAUCUCCUCCAUCUACUGCUUCCAUGAUAAGUUCCUGCUCCCCGAGCUCAAGACUCGGAUUACCGGAGAAUGGGAUUCCAACCCUCGUAUUGGAGACAUCCUCCAGAAACUGGCUCCGUUCAUGAAGAUGUACGGAGAAUAUGUGAAGAACUUCGACCGAGCCAUGGACCUGGUGAACACCUGGACACAGAGAUCCUCACAGUUCAAGAGUGUCGUCCAGAACAUACAGAAGCAGGACGUGUGUGGGAACCUGACGCUGCAGCACCACAUGCUGGAGCCGGUCCAGAGGAUCCCUCGAUACGAGCUGCUGCUCAAAGAUUACCUGAAGAAGCUGCCAGAUGACGCCCUGGACCGAAAAGACGCAGAGAAGGCACUGGAGCUAAUAUCUACUGCAGCUAACCACUCCAAUGCAGCAAUCAGGAAAAUGGAGAAGAUGCACAAGCUGCUGGAGGUGUACGAGCGGCUUGGCGGAGAGGAGGACAUCGUGAAUCCAGCCAACGAGCUGAUCAAAGAAGGACACAUUAAGAAGAUGUCAGCAAAAAACGGAACAGCACAAGACCGAUACCUCUACUUGUUCAACAAUAUGGUGCUAUACUGUGUGCCUAAACUCCGGCUGAUGGGGCAGAAGUUCAGUGUGAGGGAGCGAAUAGACAUCGCCGGCAUGGAGGUGCAGGAGAAUGUGAAGCAGAACCUUCCACACUCGUUCGCCAUCAUCGGUAAACAACGUUCACUGGAACUGCAAGCCAGGACAGCCGAGGAGAAGGAAGACUGGAUUCAGGUGAUCCGAGCCACCAUUGAGCGACACAAACAGAACAGCGAGACGUUCAAUAAAGCUUUCAACAGCUCCUUCUCCCGGGAGGACGACCAUCUGCCCGAGUCACCGGGUCCCUGGUCCAACAUGGACUCAGACAUGGAAAAACACGAGAGGAAAAGUUCUCGUAAAAAGGAAAAAGAGAAGCAGACGUGUAAAGGCUGCAACGAAAGCUUCAAUUUCACCAAGCGCAAACAUCACUGCAAGUCCUGCGGAGCGGCCAUCUGUGCAAAGUGUUCAAAGACCUUGGACAACAAAACGAGUCGAGUGUGCCCUGAAUGUUUUGAAGCGAGCCUCAGCCUGGAGACUCUCUGCACUGGUGAGCAGAGAAAAAAAGCUGCGCCUGAGAGACAGUCGUCUCUAACGGGGGAGAACUGCCUGCUGUGUGGCCACCUCCACGUGCAGGACAAGGGAAAGAGCUGGAACAAGAUGUGGGCGGCCGUCACCAAGGCCGAGCCGCUGGUGCUGUACUUGCAAAGCAGCGGACAGGACUUAAAGGGCUCUCGGGCGGUCCCUCUGCCCGGGUUCGAGGUGAGCGCGGUGCCGGCGGCGGCGGCAGAGAAGUCCGACAUGAAGCACGUGCUCCGGCUCAGCCACACCCAUCAGACGUUGCUCCUAAGUGCCCAUGACGCCGAACUUCAGGCCAAGUGGCUGGACGUCCUCCUCAAAGCUGCGCGCGGCGACGCGCUCCCGGAGACGCAGACAAAACUGAGCGAACACAGGAAGAGCCAGUAGCAGCCAUGUUGGAGCCACGGGACUCGCCCCCCCCCCACCCCUCCUCCCUCUUUCCUCCCUCUCCUGUGUAUAGAGCACACAUUACUUGAAUUCACUUUACCUUGGCACUUUUUCUUUGGUUAUAUUUUCUUUUUAAAAGGACCACUCAAUCCUUCCUACGCCACUUCAAUCUUAUCCUCAUGACCGCAAAUAUUUCCUCUCCUCUCGAACACACUCUCAAAGAAGGACUAUGCUGUCAAGCCACCAAUACCACUGGUUAGGAUAUUUUAUUUCUCAGUGUCGUCAACAGCUGGAGCAAAACUUUGAAGAACCUUUAUUUGUAAUAUAGCUGAAAAAAGUUCCUUUAUGAUUUUUUUUUUUAAAUAUGAAGUUCCUUGUACAUUAUUCAAAGGUGUUGUGAAGCAUUAACUCAUGAGUGUCUGUUUUACCCAGGCAGUCGAUGGUCUUUUCAUUUAUGUGGAAGUGUGUCUGUGUGUGUGUGCAUAUGCGUGUGUGUGUGUGUGCGUGUGUAUGUAUGAGUCCCUUUUUGUUUAUUAAGUAUUGAAUGUUUAAAGUGUAAGAAACCCAUCCCGCCUCUCUGCUCUCUUCACUCCUGCCGGGGGACGCAGCGCUGGGUGUUGUACAGUAUGUAUACUAUAGUGCGAUGUAAGGAAACAAAGAAGAAGAAGACAUUUAACUUAAAAAAGACAGAUGUGUAUGUUUGUGGCUGGCCACCCGAUGCUCCCACGCUAACAGAUCCCCCCACCCCCCCUCGCUCUCGUACUUUGGUAAUAAUUCCCUCUCCAUCGUUAUCUUUGGAUUCUGAGACCUCUAAUCUGACCGAUCCUCCACGUUUUCUCUCUCUUUGUUGUCUCGUCCAGCUGAGAGAGAUCAGUCAGAGUGGAGUCGCCUGGCCUCAGAUCCUCGAUAUCUCUUCUCGUACACACGCUAAAUAAAUUCUCUCUCUUCGUCCAUCUCAGCAUAGCGUCCGUCGGCCUGCUUCUCUCCCGAAGUUGAUGUGAUGGAAACCAAGUACUGUACUGUAAAACUGUUUAUUCAGCCUCGUCCCAUUCACUCUGGUCCUAUCAGCACCAGCCUUUAACUUAAAGUAGCAAAAAAAAAAAAAAGAAGAAAAAAAAUCUUAUAAAAAAAAAAGAAAGAAAGAAAACUUGUCAUUGGAUCUCUUUGUGCAUGUAAACUCACUCAUAUUUAUGUACCGUGCUAUCUUUGCCCUUGUUCCUCUUUUUAUGCUCCAGAAGUCAUUAUGUUGUACUGUAAGUGAGCAGAGUCAACAUUGAGUGUUUUAAACAUGGAUUGUGCACAGUGGAAAAAGCAGAGUCAAGCAUAUCAUCAAUAAACAGACGUGGGUCUUUCAGUACCGCACUGUCCAAUA